UGCUUGGACGCACUGGAGCAUCCACCUGGAAGGAACCACCUUACCAUCAUCGUCCUCCUCCCAAUCCUAGUUGUUUUAUCUUGUGCAGUCCCAUCCUUCUUGUCUCCAUAGUUAAUCCUAGAAUUAGGAAUUUUUCUCACCCUGAUGGCACACGCUCCGCAAACCCUCGUGGCUACCGAAUCGGAGCCUGAUGAGCCUCCUCCUCCAGGCCCUCUUUCUUCUCCCUCCCUAAACCCUACUUCUCCCAACCGCGUGAUGAAUCCAGAUUCCUCCCGAAUUCCGACCCUCCUCCAUAUUUCCUUCAAUCAGGAUUCUGGCUGCUUCGCCGCGGGCACGGACCAUGGUUUCCGGAUCUACAAUUGCGAUCCAUUCCGCGAGAUCUUUCGACGGGACUUUGGUGCAGGUGGUGGAAUCGGUUUAGUUCAGAUGUUGUUUCGUUGCAACAUACUUGCCUUUGUUGGUGGCGGAGCUGACCCUAUUUACCCAAGUAACAAAGUAAUGAUUUGGGAUGAUCAUCAGUCCCGUUGCAUCGGCGAGCUAUCGUUUCGAUCCGAGGUCAAAGGGGUUCGUCUUAGAAGGGACCGAAUUGUGGUGGUACUGGUGCAUAAAAUAUUCGUAUAUAAUUUCGCAGAUCUUAAAUUGUUGCACCAAAUUGAGACAACGGCCAACCCAAAGGGACUUUGUGAGGUUUCGCAUCUUUCAGGGACAAUGGUGUUGGUCUGUCCGGGGUUGCAGAAGGGUCAGGUGAGGGUGGAGCAUUAUGCCUCAAAGCGGACCAAGUUUAUAAUGGCGCACGAUUCUAGAAUAGCUUGCUUCGCUCUUACGCAGGAUGGGCGGUUGCUCGCCACCGCCAGCAGCAAGGGAACCCUGGUCAGGAUUUUCAAUACAUUGGAUGGUUCAUUGCUCCAAGAGGUAAGGAGGGGUGCAGAUCGAGCAGAGAUAUACAGCCUGGCCUUUUCUUCUACUGCACAGUGGCUAGCUGUCUCAAGUGACAAAGGAACUGUUCAUGUCUUUAACCUGAAAGUUGAUUCAGGACUAUUGGGACAUGAGAGAGUGCAGAGUGCAUCCGAGUCUAAUCCUGCUAAUCCGUCAGCAGUUUCAUCUCUUUCAUUUAUAAAAGGUGUUCUGCCCAAGUAUUUUAGCUCAGAAUGGUCCGUGGCUCAGUUUCGCCUGCACGAAGGUUUGCAAUAUAUUGUCGCCUUUGGCCAUCAGAAGAACACAGUUGUAAUACUUGGGAUGGACGGAAGCUUCUAUCGAUGCCAGUUUGAUCCGGUAAAUGGUGGAGAGAUGAGCCAAGUUGAAUAUUAUAACUUCUUGAAGCCAGGAGAAAUAUUCUAGAAUCGGAUGAGUCAUGUAUAAAUCUUUGGUGGCCAUUGUGAAUAAUAUUAUUUUCUCGUCACCCCUCUUGUGCGGAACGUAGUAGAAGUUGUAAAUACACGUAAUUAUGUACAGGGCUUAACGUUAUCAUCAUUACAAGUAUGCAAAUGAAUGGCGACCGUCCGAUGGACGCACAGUCAGUCAUUGCAGCUUUAUUC